AUGGCGCUCAUGCCGCCUCGGUGUCCCGCCCCGGAUUUGCGGAUGGAUCAAAGGGCAGAAAAUGCUUUGCUUGUGCUUAUUGCGAGGUGGGAUUGGCCAUUCUCGGGUACGGUAGAGACGUCUCCCACCGCCAUUUCGAAGCACAGAAUCUUCCGACCCCAGCCUUGGGUCUCUUUUGGCACCGUUAGUGCUUCACCGACGGUCUGGUUCCUACGCCGAACGGAGGUUAGACGGAUGCCACAGUGCAGUUUCGGCACACUGGAUACCAGACAAGACUUCAGCAGAACAGCACCGAGUCACAGACGGAUGACACGGUAG